AUGUGCGUUUUGGCUGUGCUCAUGUGCGUUUCGGCUGUGACCGUGUGCGUUUUGGCUGUGCUCAUGUGCGUUUUGGCUGUGACCGUGUGCGUCUUGAGAGUGCUGUACCGCUUGUAUCUUUCCCGCAGCCACACACCCGCUAGGACCCGCCCCCAAGCACGAGGACCCGUCCCCAAGCACGAGGACCCGCCCCCAAGCACGAGGACCCGCCCCCAAGCACGAGGACCCGCCCCCAAGCACGAGGACCCGCCCCCAAGCACGAGGACCCGCCCCCAAGCACGAGGACCCGCCCCCAAGCACGAGGACCCGCCCCCAAGCACGAGGACCCGCCCCCAAGCACAAGGACCCGCCCCCAAGCACGAGGACCCGCCCCCAAGCACGAGAACCCGCCCACAAGCACGAGGACCCGCCCACAAGCACGAGGACCCGCCCCCAAGCGGGAGUGGGCGUGGUGGCCGAGAGGGGCGCCCCCUCGAGUCCCGGUGGGAGUGUGCAUGUGGCAGCCCAGAGCAUAACUCGGGGUCCCCUGCAUUUAUGUGCACGUUAAGUCAUUGA